AUGUCUACAACGAUAACUAAAUCAAAUUUGACAACAACCAAUUCAACAACCAAUUCAACAACCAAUACAACAACCGAUACAACAACUAAAACAAACUCACCUAAUCAUACCGAUAGUUCCUCGAAAAUAGGAGUAACCCAAUCAAUAAGACAAAAAUUAAAUUUCCUAGAUGAUAGAGUUUGGAAAAAAUUUAGUGCCAGAAGAUUAGAAUUAAUUGAUCAUUUGAAUUUAGAAAAAUUUAAAGCUAGUGAACAAGAUUUACAAAUUAAAAGAGUUGCAGAAACUUUAAGGGCUGAAUAUGGUUAUGAUAGUAUUUAUAAGGAAGAUUUUAGAAAAUUAGUUCAAGCUGGUAUACAAUCUGUUAGAAGAAAUAGGAAAAGAACUAUAAGAAGAGAAAUGGAAGAAGAAAAUAAAAGGAAAAAAAUGAAUUCAAAUGGGAAAAUCCAACCUGGAUCUACGAAAAAGGAAGAAGAUGGAUUCUUAUCUGAAAUUGUUAGAAGUGAUGAUGAUAUUUAUGAUGUUAAUUAUAAUAAAUCUAAAAAGUUUUCAACAAACGAUCACGCUAAUAAUACAAUACAAAAUAUAAUUAAACCUAGACCAACUAAUCAAGAAUUUUUUGAAACAAAAAAGCAAAUUGAAUUAGCUAAAACGAAUUUAUUAAAUAAAAUUGAAAGAUCAAAGACUUGUAAUGGAACUUUAGACAAUUUACGAUCUAACAACUUACAAUUUUUAGGUAGUUCAUUAAUUUCAAGUUGUAUUGGAUAUAUUUUUGAAAAAUAUUUCAAUGUUUUUAACUUGCAGUCUUUGGAAUAUCUCAGAAUGAAAGUAACACUGCAAGCAUAUUUGGCAAAAGUAAUGCGUGACCUAGAUCCAUUGAAUAUAAAAGAAACAUUGAAUGACGAAAUUGCUGUAAUUUCACUAUAUACUUUGGUAGGAGCUAUUACUAUAGAUUUUGGAUUUGAUGAAGUAAUGAAACCUUUAAAUGAGAUAUUUCAUGGCUUUAUUUUAGAUGAAUAUCCAUUAAUCAAUAAAAAUUUAACAUCUAUAGAAUCAAAUGACAAUUUUUCAUUAAAUAAAUUAGCAGAAGUUGCUACGAAAUUACAAGAUGAAAGAAAACAAGACUAUGAUUCUUCUUCAAAUUCAAUCAUGUCGGUAAGGUUAUCUCCUACAUCUUCAAGACAUUCAUCCAAUGAACCACCGAUUAAUAAGAAAAGUAUCAAACUUAAAUUUUUAAACGAAACUGUUGAAUUUUUUUAUCCACUUUCAAAUUCAGCUAUUCCAAAAUAUUAUGAAUUUGUAGAAAAUAUCAAGAAUAUUUUUAAAUUAAAUUCAAAUUGCAUAUUAGAAAUCAAAUUUAGGGAUCUGAUAAUACAAAAUGAUCAAGAUUUAGAAAAAUCAUUUAAAUUAGUUCAUAUUUCUAAUUCUCAAAUUGAAUUUAAAAUUUCAACAAAACCAACUAUACCUAUUCAAUUUUUUACAUCAGAUUCAAAUAGCGUAAGAUAUACAAAACCAGAGUCAACAACUAUAAAUACAAAUCCACAUCAUAAAAUAUUUUUACCACCGCCUAUUCCAAGUGCCACAAUUAAUCCAUCAUCUAAUAGCUUUACAACUCCAUUUUUCCCUAUUUCAAACAGUAUUGAUAUUUCAGAAAAUAAAAUUAAUUCGCUUAAUGAACCACCCAUUUUACCAAAAUUUCAACCUUUACUAUAG